AUGCUUGAAGCAACCACAUUCAUAAACCAGACUUUAGGUUUGAUUACUUCAAAGUCUUCGUUGUUAUCUGGAUCCUCUUCGGAUCACUCUUCUUCUUUCGAGUUCCAGAAAAUUGUAGAUGAAUCUCUAAAGAAGUUAAAAUCUAAACGAACUGAUGUUUUAGGGGUUGUUUUCCCUGUAUUAGAUGCUCAACAUUGGAAGAAUCUCAUAGACAAAAAAUUUAAGCUGACACUCCUCGAGGAAGUCGCUGCAGUUAUCGAUACAUCCACCUAUAGGUGGUGUGUUUUUUCAAGGAUCAAUAUAAUGAAAACUAUCAAGGGCAUAUACAAUCUUCGCAACAAAGCUUUUAUCUAUACUUUUGUACUUGCUUCAUCAAAUUGUUUUUGCGGCUGAUGAUGCAUUUGAAGAGGGUGGACGAGAACGAUAUUCAUUGGAAAAAAACAGGAUUUUGGUAUAAACUGUAUCUUUUUCCAAUACAUUACUUUGUAUUUGGACGAAAAAAAUUUCCACUAGAUAAUUAAUAUUUAAGACUAUACAUGAAUUAAGCAGUACAUGUCUUGAUAAAAUUAUUGGG